UAAAGAGCCGCAUGCGGCUCUAGAGCCGCGGGUUGCCGACCCCUGGUCUAGAGCCUGUAAUAAAGUGUAUAUAUAUUUAAAUUAUUGAUGCACUUUAGUGUCUGAGGCUGCAUGCAUUCACUCCGUCUGUCACCCGAGCCGAAGAGUUUCCGGUUUCCUGGCAACGUGUGUUACUAAGCAACAGCAAACAGAUUUUAGCAGUUUGGUUCUGAAAAUGAAAACUUAUUUCAAGACCGUAUCUUUGGUCUAACACUGAAGGGUCGGAAAAUGAGCUCUGAGAUUACAGGUUCACGACGGCACGACGCCAGCAGAGCUGUGGCCGGAGAAGCGCAGCAGGAUUACGCACCGGUGGAGACGGACGUCCCGCAGCCGUCCUGGGGCGCAGCCCCGGCGGGAUACUCUGCUAAAUACACCCCGGGGCAAUGGUUCUCCAACCACCACGCCGUGCUGGAGCGAGCCGGCGCCCGGCACCACGAAGCCCAGCGCAUCCAGACACAGUCCAGAGUCCUGAGCCGGGACACCGAGGCCGCAUGCCGGGACGCCCAGAGCGCGGGGACGCGUCUGCUGGGAGAGAGGCUGCGGGACAUCCACCUCCUGAGGUCCGAGCUGCAGCGACACGUCGCUCAGCUGCAGGCCGACCUGGAGGCGCUGCUGGCCCUCAGGACGCGGCUGGAGAGGGCGCUGGACGCCACGGAGAUCCCUUACGCCAUCUCCACCGACAACCUGAGCUGCAGGGCAGGAAGGCUGGGACCAGACCUGGUCCGAGACGCGGUGGAGGAGCAGCUGCUCAAGGAGGUGGACUUGAUCAGAAAUAUCCAGGCUCUUCUAAAGAGAACUAUUACUCAGGUCUUCAGUCAAAUAAAGAUGACCAGAGAAACCAAGGAGAAGUUAGAGUUGGACUGGUCCGAUAAGUGGCAAGCCUACGGUUUUGAUGACCAAAGUGGAAGAUUUAGUAACUUGAGCCCAGAUACUCAGCAGCAUCCUGGUUCAGCCACCAUGCAGGAGCACAUGUGUAACCCCUCAUCAUGGGUGAAGUUUACACAGAACAACCUGUCUGAAGCUGUGCAGGAAGAACAGGCCACCAACAGUCUCAGGGUGCUGGUGGAGCAAAUGCUGCAGGACACCACUCAAGAUCUGCGUGUCCAGUGCUCCAACGUGGAUCAAGCCUUCGCCCAGCGCUGUGUGGAGCUCAGCGAAGCAAAGAUCCAGCUGGAAAUGGCGCUCGCUCAGAUUUUGGAGCAAAUUGGAGCGCAAGAGAGAAACAUCGUGGCUCUUGAGCAGGCCAUCCACAACAAAGACACUCCGAUGAGAGUUGCUCAGUCCAGACUUUACAUUCGUUCCCUCAGACCCAACAUGGAGCUCUGCAGGGAUCAACCCCAGCUCAGUUUGGAGGGAGAGCUCAGGCAGCUUAAUGGCACCCUGGAAUCUUUGAACCUGAAGCUGAGUGAAGCCCGAAACUCCUUGUCCUACCUGGAGGAGUCAAGGAUGGAGCUUGAGAAGGAUAUAAACUGUAAAACCCAUUCGUUAUUCAUUGACAGGGAAAAGUGUAUGACUCACCGUAGACGUUACCCAACCAUGUCAUCAUUGUCAGGAUACUGAACACAAUGCUGUAGAAGGGAUUUUGGUUUAAUUACUUCUAUAACUUCAGAAUUUGGGAUCGUUCUGGGCUUUUGCAGUGUGGUGCUCUUGUAAGAACCUUUUCCUCAACAUGAACAGUGUAAUUUCAACUGUGUUUUACUGUGAUUACAUUAUAUACACUGGCUCUGUACUUGUUCUUCUGUAUUUUUAGU